AUGGUCCAUGUCGUCCAAGUCCAUACCUCAAUCCAUGGCACCAACUGGAUCUCCAAGAGGAGUAGCUUGGAGAAUUCUGCCGAUCUUGUCAACUUAGCAUCUGAGAACGGACCAGAUCGCGAACCCGUCAUCUUCGUGAGUGUCCGGGCUAUCGAGAUCGGCGAUUUGCGGGAGAUGCUCCACUACGCUAACUCCUCAACACUAACUGCUCUGGAGUGCGCUAACCAACCGCACUAA